UUGCUGCUCCGGGGUCUGUGAAAGCGCCGAGCGCUGCGAUGAACCUCCACAAAGCCCGCUCUGCUCUCCCGCUGUAACCGCAGCUAACGUCUCCCUCUGAGGCAAACUUUGGAUACCGCUCCGCUUCCAGCUGUGUGCACCAUGGCAUCUAAACCUCCUGCUCCUCUAAUGAAGAAGCACAGUCAGACGGACUUGAUAAGCCGUCUGAAGAGCCGGAAGAUCCUUGGAGUCGGUGGCGAGGACGACGAUGGCGAAGUGCACCGCUCAAAGAUCAGUCAGAUGCUCGGAAAUGAGAUGAAGUUUGCAGUGCGAGAGCCUUUCGGGCUGAGGGUGUGGAUACUCAUCUCUGCAGUGGGUUUCACAGCUAUGGCUCUGAUGGCUCUGGUGUUUCCCAACCAACUAUAUGAGGUCGUUUUUGAGGAGGAGCUCUCCACUACUAACAUCUCUGUUCGCCUUUACGGAGGAGCAUUGCUCAGCCUGUCCCUCAUCAUGUGGAACGGACUCUACACAGCAGAAAAGGUCAUCAUCCAGUGGACUCUACUCAGUGAGGCUUGCUACUUUGCUGUGCAGUUUUUAGUGACGUCCAUCACUUUAGUGGAGAUCGGCAUCCUUCCCAACGCCGCCAUGCUGCUUCUCCUCAGUCGAGUACUCUUCUUGCUGGUCACCAUGGCUUACUACUACCACCUGGGCCGUAAGCCAAAGAAGAUCUGAGCUGACUGUGUGAUAACUUCCAGGGUGGGGACAGUUAAGCACAGAUCACAAAUGCGGGGCCAGAAGGUUUGGAUUAUGAUUUGAUUGGGGCUCGGAGCAUUACUUUGCCAGUCAAUGCCCCCUGCCCCCUUCCACAGGACCUAGCCUAAUGUAACCCCCAGUAUUUAACAGAUGGGUACAGUCUCAUAUUCCAGACUCUGCAACAAGAACAAGAAACCUCAUAGUGAAAGUAAACUACUUUCACUGGGGCUGUGAGGUCCAAUCCUGUAUUCCUUUGAUUUGUAAUAUUAAUUAACAUUACAGAGUAGUUCUAAACACCUGAAUCUAUUGUUCAUGUACAGCUCAUGAUUUCCCGACUCAGUAUUUUGUGUCUGAUAAGAAGUUGCAUCGACACCGUUUCUGAAUCACACUCGAGGACCAAAAGUUUGUGCUGUCAUUUGUUUGUUGUUUUGAUGCUGUUGACGUUAAAUCACACUAUGUACUCUAAUAACUGACCUUGUGCAUGCUUUCUGACGGCUUUCCAGUGAACACUCAAAAUACACAAUCCAAGGUUUAAGAUUCGGAAAAAGCCAAAUGAGUGACGAUGAAAUCUGUUCUAAACUGAUAGCUUUCACACUGAAAAAAACAGUUAAAGUUCAGUGUUUACUCUCAGUUAUGGCCAUUAAUAAUAUUCAGAUCUAAAUACUUUUCAGGGACUUAUUAUUAUUCCUUGAGUGGACUAUUUUGGACUAUAUUUUCACUACUGACAUUAAUACAUGCAAUGUUGAUGAACACGUGAAGUUACUCAUACAAGAGGAACAGAGUAGUUCUCUCUUUGCUGUGUGUGCACUACAAGAUGGGACUCUUUAUCCCAAGUAACAUUCAGACUACCUUAAAGCUAGUGUUACAAGACAAGCACGUCAGUGUGCAGGUAAACAAAUCUGAGCUGGCUGUACUUUGGUGAUGUAGCACAGUUUUCUUUUUUCAUAUACACCAUAUCGUUAGUCUUGCCUUAAAACUACUUAAAAGAACAGUCAUCUACACUGCAUCCUGCUCCCUGUACAUAUGUAAAUAAAAUUAUUUACUAUUCUGUGCUGUUCUUGUGAACCAAACAGGGAACUUUUUCAGUAUUGGGUAAAAUGAUUUUCAAUUCUAAUCCUCCACCUAAUUAUGGCGUGUCUUAUUUUGUACCUAUUUAAGUGACAUUUGUGUUUUGACAUCAUGCAUGCGAUGUAAUCCACCGAAAGAUCUAUAAUCCAUAAAACUUUGUAGCAAGUUGCCACAAACAGAAGACAGCAAAGCAGUAAAUGGCUGAAUGAACCAAAAUGGCAAAAAAAACAAACCCUAAAAAUGAAAAGCUGAUUGAUAAGACAGUUAUACUGUAUGUGCUUUAAAACAAAUAUAUCAUAUAUUUGACAGUUUUCACCCGUUGCUGAGUACAUUUCUACUUCCAAAUCCUCAGCAUGCCCUCAGGUACAUCAUAACUCAGCUUGGUUUUGAAGCGGUGCCAGCAAUCCAGUUUGUUGACUCAGCAGCACCUAAAACCUGAUAGAGACACUCCCAAACACAGGCGACUCAUUUGUAAGCUCGAAUUUUAAAAAAAGGGAGCAUACUGUAGGUCUUCAAAGGUGGUCUGUAUUGUUACAAAAGACCACACUGAGUCCUGCCCUAGAAGGGAGUGACCCGUGAUUGUGGGUUUGCAGUCCGGUGCUGAAGGCAGAUGUGCUCGUUACUUGGGGCGAACUUUUAGUUCAGAUAGGGAACGCGAAACACGGGUGAGGUCUCCUGUACCCCUGAAAAGUAGUAAUUAUCCUUUUUGCCAGGGUUUAAUUAGAUGUAGCUCUCCCGCGUGACGUUCUGUUCCUCAACCUGAAAUGCUCUGUCCUGGCUAGCACGAUAAUUAUGGCGUGUAAGAGAAAUGCCAUUCCAUUUCCCUCAAUACUGCGAGGCCUCAAAUCAUCAGCCUUACGAAAAUGUUCAAAGCUCUACAAAGCAGGUUAUUUUUGAAGUGAUGGGCAGGCAGGAGGAGGACGGCAAAGACAUGGCUCUUUCAUCUUCUGGUUCUCUGACAUAAAUUAGCCAAAACAUUCACAAGCAGCCAGUGUUCUUUGAGUUUGAAGACAUGGCAAGUUGAGCUAUUUAUUCCCUCCUUCAUCCAUCAUGCGUUAUACUGUUGUGAAUAGCAUUCCUUACUCUGUUUCAAGUUGUAGCAUUGUUUUAUAUGUAUUUAUGUGGUAUAUUGUACCUCAAAAAUGCAUUGCUAUUGAUUUUGCAUUACAAAGUUUGAAAUAAAGAACACCAUUGUUUAUUUUGAAGACUUGACAAUGUAUCCAGUCACCUUGUUUUUUGCUGUCCUUGCAAUAUAUGUAUAGGGCUGUAAAUAUACCGUAUGUCUUAAAUCACAAAGGGAAAGGUUUGGGGUUUUUUCUUAGCAAUGGACUAUUGCAGUUAUUUAACAAAAAUAUCCUCACAUUUCCUGUUAUUAAAUAUAAUGGCAGAUCAACUUCAAAUAUACCUGCCUACCUAACGCCCAGCAGAUAGGGAGCGACUUCUGCGCACAGGUAAUGCUAGGGUGCAGUCUCUACACAUCCCGUUCACUUGUCUGACACCGCCUUAAACGUUUUAGACCCUUCAGCAAAACAUCCCGUUCAACUUGGCCAAACGCAUCACCCAGCAAAAGACGAGCUCCACGCGUUUGUUUUAACGUGUUUAACCAAGAAACUUAAGAGGAGCUGCGCAAGCCCGCGCUUUGUUUGGUGUUUUCUGUCGAGCGUGUCACAACACGAUCAUCUGCACAAAUAUAAUUCGGUGAAUUCCAGCUCGACUACAUACUAUUCCAGGUCUCACCUUUUCCCCGGGCUCUUCUUACCUCUUUACACACACGCACAGCGUGCAAAGGCUGAAAAGAGGGAUUGUGUGGCUGUGGAAACGUGUGCGUAGUUAGGGUUGUUUAUAGGCAAAAGGCUCCCAUGUGCCCCGGUUUUGUAUGCAUUCUCCCCACAUUUUCCCAUUUAAUUUAUUGAACCCUGGUUUACUGCUUGGUGACAUACAAUGACUCAUUUAGAAGCUGUGUGAAAUGUUUCGUCAAGUUUAACCAUCAGCACGUGUGCUGGUAUAAUCUGCAUUACUUUAUAAAGUCUUUGUAUACAGACAAUUCUCUAAACGAGGAAAUAUCUAGACUGAUAUUUUCUGUUGGGGCUUAAGUCUUUUUCUCUCGUGAGAGUUUAUGAGAAGUUGCAAAAUGUCUGCAAAACGCAGAGUCUUGACGCGAUCGGGGUAAUAAGAUUGAUGAUAAUCUAUCAGAAGACGGUGCUUCGUCUAAUGCUGGGCCCCACAUUUGGCAUCCGCUGCGAAUGAAACUGCAGCUGCAACCGCAGAAAAAGCCACGAAAAUCCUUUACUGAUUGCUAAGGUGUUACAGGUGUUACACUGUUUUCUUAGAUGCCGUUGUAAACUGCGCAAAUGCAAUGUCUGACAGGAAGUUGAAUGCUGUUUGGUUUUUAGGUUUUUUUUGUUGUUGUUGUUUUUUUGUUUUCUUCUGAUGAAGAAAAGAAAACAAUGUGCCCGUUGUGUAAAUGAGACACCCACAAAAGAAAAACUCACAAGGUUGAGGUUGUGAAAUUGUAAUAAAAGAACUAAAAAACACACCUGCAGUUGUGUUGCACCAGGAAGGCAGGAGAGGGUUAAAUGUGGGUGUAACGAAUUUGCCCCCUCACGCACAUAAACCACACACAAACCAGUCAGACAGACACCAUCAUUUGUUUCUCUCACACUCCGAGACCAGACUCUGUUUCAACGGUAGACUCCUCUGUCAGCUCUGAGCACCUCCAGAGACGCAAA